AUGGGACGCUCGUCAAGGCAGUAUCGAUCGCUAGCCGGCCUGAAAGCCGGAUAUAUAAGACAGAGGUCGAAGUCUCUUUUCUGGGACGAAGAUCACAUCCCACAGCCUCGAACUUAUUCAAAUUCCAAAUAUCUCAAAAACACGGCCGGCAUGCUUUGCAAGAACACCCUCAUUGCCGUUUUGGGGGCCGCAGUUGUCACUGCUAGCCCAUACCCCCCUGAUGCUACCUCUGCGGUUCCAGCACCGACUGGAACGCUGUUCUUCGGCAACAAAGGCGGCAACUUCCAGCCCAGCCAAACAAUCAAAGGUGUCCAUGUUGAUGCAACUGGCGGGAAGGUCACCAACAGCAAGCUCGCAGUUACUUCCAUUGUCAACGAUGAUGGCGUUGAGCCUGGCAAGGACGCCUAUAACUUUUAUAGCGGAGAUGGUACCACUAGCGCUGGCUGGCCCGCCAAAAGCGCAUGGAUCUCUUUUGAAGACAUGUUCAACAACAACAAGGUCGAGAUGUUCAGUUCUUGCGACCAAUUUUCGGAGUCCGAUGACUCCGGACCCGAAGUCGGCGCGAUCUACAACGCGCUCCAGCAAGUUGCGAUGGAGACAGAGGUGGACCAUCGCUUCAUCCUUGCUGUAGUGAUGCAAGAGUCUGGAGGCUGUGUUCGUGCCCCGACGACCAAUUACGGUGUCCGCAACCCGGGUCUCAUGCAAGAUCACGACGGCGCUGCCACUUGCAACGACAACGGUGAUGUUCAGAAUCCAUGCCCCACCAGCACCAUCACCCAGAUGAUCCGAGAUGGUUCUGCUGGCACAGCCAGUGGCGAUGGUCUUGCGCAGUGUAUCAACGAGUCUGGUGCCAGCGACGUUUCGGCCUUUUAUAAGGCAGCCAGGAUCUACAAUGCUGGCUCAUUGGCCUCAGAUGGAGAUCUUGGGGCACCCGGCGCGACCCGUUGCUACUCCUCUGACAUUGCCAACCGCCUGACCGGUUGGGUACAGGCCGCUCAUGGCUGCACUCUCGAUGGAUAG